GCGCCAAUAGGAAGGUGGAUCUACAGGUAGGCGUCCUCUCCCUGCGUCCCUCCGAUCAGUCUUUGCUUUCCGGCGAAACAAGUGGACGGAUCAGACCAUGAGCUCUUUGAGGAAUGAGACCUGAGGCUAAACUUAGCCCGCUGCUUCCUAGAUAUCUGAAACUGUUUCUUUUGAGAGUAGACGAGCUAUUUUCCUACGACUGUCUGGCUCUUCUAACUGGGAUACACUUUAACAUAUCAGCUGGUGUUAAAGGUUUUCUAAAUAAUUAAUUGGCAAACCAUAUUUAUCACACCAGAAGCGGAGACAUCUCAAUGUGGAAACAACGUUGAAGCUGCCAUAUUGUACUCCUCGAUAAACUUUGUUCCUCUGGGAUUAACAGACAGCACGCUGAGAUACAUCUGAUCCCAAGAGGUCAGACACUCUCUGACCCAGAUAACCCUGCAGGAGGACAUGGAAGUCCUGCGCCGGUCCUCUGUGUUUGCUGCAGAAGUCCUGGAUGUGUUUGACCGAUCGUUGACUGAAAAGGAGCUGGUGUCCCAGUCCAAAGCCUUGUGCAGAGACUACAUACUGUCCAGACUCAACCAGAACGGACUGGGAUGGUCCAAAACUGAACUCAACCUUUCUCCCUCAAACGCAGCACUUGCUGAGGUUUCUUUGGUGCUUCUCUGUCUUGGCGACGAGCUGGAGUGUAUACAGCCCAGUUUGUACAGGAACGUGGCGCGGCAGCUCAACAUCUCUGUUGCCAUGGAGAACAUGGUUUCAGAUGCCUUCAUUGGUGUGGCGACAGAGAUCUUCUCAACAGGUAUAACAUGGGGUAAGGUGGUGGCCCUGUAUGCAGUAGCCGGAGCCCUGGCGGUGGAUUGUGUCCGACACGGUUACCCCACCACCGUGCACAUCAUAGUGGACAGUCUGGGACAGUUUGUCCGCAAGUUCCUGGCUCCCUGGCUGAAGAGACGGGGAGGAUGGGUGGAGAUGACAAAAUGUGUGGUAAAGAAGGAUCUCACCCCUGAGCACCACUGGCUGUCAUCUGCCAUUGAGUCCCUGAAAUAUUUCCUCACUACAAUGUAUGUCUAUAUCAUGAAGGAACCAUGAAUCAGCAAAGGAGUCAUCAUCAUUGUUUUAAAUGAGAUUCAAAAUCUCACACUCAAUCAUAAUGGAUGGGUUUGAGAUGGUCUGUGCCUGCGUGCGGUAUUAGUCUGUUGCUGAGUGACCAUCGACAAAUGUUUCAUCAGCAUCUUGUUUGUGUCAUCUCAGUUUCCGAUAAGGGAUUUCUCUUCAUCCAAAGAGUUGUCACUGUGAUGUUUAAGAGCAUAAACGCCAUUGAAACAAGUUUGUGCCACUCCACCUCUUCUGCAUACUUUCACACCGCUUACACUGAUGCGGUUAAAACCUCCAGUGUUGUAACUGUAAAGUGUGAUGGUGUUCAGGUUGAAUGUGAGGUCUUUUGCACUCCUCAUGCUUUUAUUUGGUGUUGGAAAAUAAACCUGAAUAUUUGGAGGGGAAAGCCACAUUUGAAAUGAAAAUUUGUGCUCAGCUGGCUGGGUCUUGUGAGUUUUCGGAAGCUGGAAAGGCCUGCUAUCACAUGAUGAAGGCAAGGUGUUUCAACAGCAUUCACUUUGAUUUACGCUAUUGUACUUCACCAAAGCACAAGCAGUGUGUCUUCCCAAAUACGACUAAAACUGCAGCUGCAAUUCUACACAUCGUGGGCCAAGAGAUGUUGGGUCUCAUUUUUGGCCAAAGAACUUAAGGACACAAGAAUGGUUUGAACUGUAUGCACAUGUUUUGGUGAAAUUGAUUCCUUUUUUUAAUCUGUAAAAAGCUGUAUUUAUGAUUUUUAUUUUGUAUUUCAAAUGACUUGAAUCCACUGCAGUAUAAAGACCACGGCUCUCCAGGAUGAUUGUGUGGUAUGCUUGAUGGUUGUAACUUUCAGUGUUAAUUUAUAAAUGUGUCUGAAUGUUUUUUUUCUAAAAAGCCAUAAUAAACUUGACAGAAAUCUAAA